AUGGCCUCACCAUGGGCAUAUUCUGACAAUUAUGUUUCCCAAUUUCAUGCACUGGAUUAUCAGAUUUCCAUUUUAAUUUUCCUCGCAAGGCUUGCUUCGGUCGGCUACUGCAUAUUUGAGGUGUUUCCGCUUUGGCACAGGGCGCAGUUUGGAAAACUAAUGUACCUUGGUAUGCUCACCCUGAAUAGCUUCCGCCUGUUGAAAUUCGUUGAGAUAUUUGUCCAAAGCCUCUUAUUUCCUCCGAGUCCGUCCAGGAGUUCGCAGUCCUCGCAACUUUCCGAAGGCCUAGUGCCCAUAAUUAAUUAUGGCAUCGACCUAGCGAAUAAGAUGGAUGGGACCGUGACACUUGUCGGCUUUAGAAGAAUAUUUCAACAAAUUCAGCUGGCGCUAAUCAGAAAGGUACCAAUAUUAAUGGUACUCAAAGUAAGAUUCAGAAUUCUCGCUAAGCUCGGUAAAGCUCGGGGCAAAAACGCCAUGGAUCCAACACAGGGGCCGGUCACUCGCGGGAGGGGUAGCAAGAGUAGAGGCACACGGCAUCCUGCUGUGGGAGGAGGGUCAGAUCACCCCAAAUUCCAGAUACAGUGGCUAUCUGCACCUUUCCGCACCCAGAAAGUCAUCGACCACCUCCAUGACCACCCAGCUGACUGCCGGAUCCUAUUUUCCUCUGAUGCAAAACGACCACAGAAUGAUAGUGACCGUCCCUCAGGCAAAGAUAAACUUUCAGUCUGCGCUGUUAUUGCGAAGUAUGUGUUCAAGAAUGAUGCUGACUAUGUGAAGCAUUACGCGGACGAGCCCGACAAAUUUCGAGACUCGACGAAUAGUCACAUCAAUGGACUCAGAAGAAAGUAUCGCGAGUCCUAUGACAAGUUACACUCAACCGGCGCUGGUAUCAUGCCAGAGGAUGAAGCGCAGAAUUUGCACGCGCAAAUUUUGAAGGAAUUCCCCUGGUAUGAUGAACUCAUUGACAUCAUGGGGGGGGAAUCCAGCAAUAUCCCUCAAGACAGUCUCGUCACACCCGGGACUCGUAUUCCAACAGUCUGGGCUCUGGGAGCGCUCAGUUUAGUGCCCAGCCUUUCUCUCCUCAGCUUCCUCCUGCUGGCGCUCAGCCAUACUCUCCUCAGCUUCCCCCCUCAGCUUCUCAGCCUUACCCGCCCUCUUACCCUCAACCUUACCCGCCCUCUGACCCUCAACCUUACCCCGCCCUCUAACACUCAACCUUACCCGCCCUCGGGCGCUCAACCUUAUGCGCCCUCGGGUGCUCAGCAUUACCCGCCCUCGGGCGCUCAACCUUAUGCACCCGAGGGCGCUCAGCAUUACCCACCCUCGGGCGCUCAGCCCCACGGCAGUCAAUACGCGUUUGGCCAUGCCCCUCAUAGCCAGUACCCACAUCACCACCAGUCUGGCGCGCCCCCCGCACGCUCUCGCAACGACCCCAACUCGCUUCUUGAUGACGACGACGACGACAUGGAUUUCUCAUUUGAAGAUCUACCAAAGCCGACUCCCCCCCCCGCGACUCCGCCGAGGUCUGCACGCGCUGCAUCCAAACGUCCGGCUCCUCCGUCGUCCCCUUCGCCCCCCAUUACCCCUCCGCCUCAAUCUCAACGAUCCGAAUUCAUGCUGCCGCGCACAUCGCAGACGUCUCACCGGGACAGUCGUGCAUCCUUCGGGAUGUCCGAUCCGCAACGGCGCCCUAGCACGGGGUCGGUCAAAGCAUCCUCUCGCCGCUCUUCAGGCUCUUCGCGCUCGAAGCCUGCGUCGGCGUCGUCAGCACCUGCAUCAACGUCAAUGACAUCACCAGCCAAUUCCGCGUCAGCAUCCGCAGGAAAAACGAGGCAGGGGAAGAAGCAGCGGUCUGACCUUCAGAGUCAGGUUGACGCACUCUCUGACGAGAUCGAGAGUGCGCAGUCGGACCGUGUCACUCGGGACGAACUCAAGAACGAGCGGUACAUGGCCAAGUACAACUUCGCGCGCCAAGUCAACGAACACAAAUUCCUCAAAGCCGAACGUGCGGAUACUUUCGCCGAAGCUGCCACUGCGCAUCAACGUGCCCUGGAGGCCAAGGAGUCUGAGAUUCGUCUUCGAGAAGCAGAGAUGAAGAUGCACGCGGCAUUAGCGCAAGCGCAUGCGGAGGAGGCGGCAACCAUGCGCCUCAAGAUUGAGUUUGCACGUCUUUCUGGGUCUGGGUCUGGGUCUGGGUCUCAGGCUUGA